AUGCUGAGAUCUGCUGAGGUUGUUGAUACAUACCAGCUCUUCAAUCCUCAGGCAUACCUUCAGAACAACUAUAUGCCUCCUCGAGCCAACUUUGAGAAUGAGGACUGUGUCGUCCCGUGGAAACUCCGUUGUUUUGCAUCCUCAUUCUCAACAGGAGAAAUCCAUGGCCAGACACUCCUGGAUAUUGGCUCUGGCCCAACUCUGUACCAGGUCAUCAGCGCCUGUAACUUUUUCAGCAAGAUUGUAAUGUCUGAUUACUUGGAAGUGAACCGCGAGGAACUGAGGAAAUGGCUGCAAGGAGAUCCUGGAGCUUUUGACUGGAGCCCCUACAUCAAAUAUGUGUGUGGCCUUGAUGGAAAGAGGGAUCAGUGGGAAGACACUGAGAGGAGACUACGGGAAACAAUUCAAGACGUCUGUCAUUGCGACAUCAUGCAGGCAAACCCUUUGCACCCAAAGGUACUGGAUCCUGUGGAUGCCAUCAGCACCACCUUCUGUCUUGAGUCUGUGUGCCCAGAUAAGAAAUCACUGGAGAAGGCUUUAGCCAAUAUUAGCUCACUUCUGAAACCUGGUGGUUUCCUCCUGAUGAUUGGGGCACUCAAUGAAUCCUAUUACCUGGCUGGGGAGGUGAAACUCAGGGUCGUUCCUCUUGAUGAAGAUUUCGUGAAGGAGGCAGUUAGCAGGUCUGGCUACAGAAUCUGUACCUUCAAAACAUACAACAUGCCGCCUGAACUGAACACUGGGGUUGACGACGUGCAUGCUAUUUUCUACCUCCAAGCACAGAAGAUCUGAUCUGUGUCUUUGUAACUUCACUGCCAGAGAUUUCACAAACAUUCAAAUACAAAUAAUGUAAAAGCAGCUCGAGAGUGACUGAGAGAAAAUAGCUACCUGACACUGGGGUAAAACAGUCAGAUAGUGAUAGGUCACACUCCCCAAGUUAUUGUGGUGUAUGUGAAUGAGUGCAUGUGUCUGUCUAACAGAAAUUGCCUGAACAUCACUCACCUCUGGACUGACUCAAAAGAUGCUUUUACACUUUCAAUUUGUUAAUUGUUUUUCAUCCACGACCAGGAAAACACAAAUAGAAAUGAAUAAGUAAUUUGUCCAACUCUGGCAGUGCUUGUUCAGAUGGAGCUGAAGCUAUUGCAACAUAAACCAAUCAUGAGCAACACAACAGAUCAGCUAACACCGUACUAUAACCAGCACAGGCACAUAUGCUGUAUAUUAACUAUUGGAUGCAUGCUGUAACCAUGUAUGACAAGUAGCUCUGUUUGAGGCAUGCUUCAUGGUUAGAUGAAUGUGUUAACAGCACGUGAAUGAUGAUGUUCAUUUUCUAGGCUUAUGUAUACGAAACAGAAUAAUGCAGCAGAAUGCUCCCUUACCUGCUCUUUUGCUAUGCUCCUGUAUUUGUCCCUACAGUCAAGCAUUUAGCUAGCUCCCUUCUUGAAGGAUAUUACUGAGCUGGUGGGUACAGAUUAUCAGGCAGUACAUUCUAACCAUUCUGUAAAAUGAUUAAGCUGCUUUUGGUUUCUCUGUUAAUCAUCUUCAUUCUGAGCCCACCAGUUACCCAAUGUCCUGCAGGUAGAUUUAGUUUAUUGACUUGAUCAAAACUCUUGCUUAUUUUAAGCAAAUCUCCUUCAAAUCUUCUCUGCUCUGAAAAUCAGUGUUCUCCAAUUUCUUCCAGUCUCACUCCUGGAACUAAGCUAAGCUGGUUAAUCUCUUUUAAAAGACUUCCAAAGCUCUCACAGCUGUUCCUGAAAUAUGGCAAGAAGUCUGUGCAAUGAUUUAGUAUUGCUCUAAGUGUAUGCGCGACACUGUGCUUGCUUAUAAUGUUGACUCACCUAAUUGCAGUGUUUUGAACUUUUUCAACUUUUAUUUAAAAGACAUUGGAGAUGUUUUGUCACAAAAUAAAUCACUAAUAAACACAAAACCAAACUAUUAUUCUGUUCAGA